CAAGAGGGACACGGAUGUCCCUCGUCCGUCUUUGAUCUUUUCACCUUUGCUUAACGAAAGUGUGUAGUGAAAGAAACAAUCGAUCGAGGCAGAGCAGAGCCGAGACCCAAAACGAACCAAAGAGUGUCAUUUAGUGCCUGUGAGGUCCAACAAUGGCGGCAGAUCUGGUGCUAGACACAGCCAUCAGAGAUUGGGUUCUCAUCCCUCUCUCGGUGGUCAUGGUUCUCAUAGGUGUCCUCCGAUACUUCGUCUCCAAGCUCAUGCGCUCCAACCAAGUCCCCGAUGCAAAAAUCAUCAAAGAAGGGCAAUUGAUUAUUAGGGCUCGGAAUUUACGUGCUGCUGCUAAUUUCAUACCUCCCAAGUCGUUUCGCGCUCGCCGGUUUUAUUUCAGCAAUGAGGAAAAUGGGUUGUUAAUUGUUCCCAAGGGUCAGGUACAGAAUGCACAAGCGCAAAUGUUCUCUGAUCCCAACAUGGCUAUGGACAUGAUGAAGAAAAAUCUGUCUAUGAUCAUACCCCAGACUCUUACUUUUGCAUGGGUCAACUUUUUCUUUUCUGGAUUUGUAGCAGCCAAAAUACCCUUUCCUCUUACUCAAAGGUUCAGGUCAAUGCUGCAGAAUGGGAUUGACUUAAGCACUGUUGAUGUUAGCUAUGUCAGUAGCCGCUCAUGGUACUUUCUUAAUCUGUUUGGAUUAAGAGGUUUGUUUAGUCUCAUUCUGGGAGAAGAAAAUGCAAUGGAUGAUACUCAGCGUAUGAUGCAAAUGAGUGGGUUUGGUUUUGAUCCAUCAAAGAGCUUGGGCGCUGAGAAGGACAGUCUUGACAUAGUCCAGCAUGAUUGGGCCUUACCAAAAUUUGAGCACCGUGCUGAAGCAGUGUUGAAGAAACUUGCCAUUUGAAAAACCGAAUCAUGCAGUUGUCUGGCUGGCUCGGAAACAUCGUUCUCUGCCUUGCGUGUUCCAGUCUUAGGUUUCUUCCAUUCCCACCGGCAGGAAAGCCAGUUAGACUUAGACCUAUGAAAAAUUUAGGAACUUUUGAAAACCUUAUUAUAGUCUGUAGCAAGGUUAAAGUUGUUCUGAUCGUUAAACAAUGACACGCUUUGCUUGUUGUAGCUUGUAUUGACUUCAAAAAAUAUUAAAUUAUUUUGAGAUUCCAAUUUUCAA